GGGUGGGGGAAAAAAGAAACAAAGUCUUAGAUUUUGUAUUUUUUUUUAACUCUGCGUUUUGGCAGUAGUAACGAAAUAAACUAAUCCAAAGAAUUAUUUUUUCUAUUGAGAAGAGAAAAGUGGAUUUUUUUUUUCUUUGGAUUCCAACCUCUUCUCUCAGUGACAAAGCAUAAAUCAUGGACACCAGAGAAUAAGGUGGACCUCAGGAACCCUGAAAAGACCGAGAAGAUUACAUUCUUCCUCGGGGGGUGAGAGUGGGGUAUUUUCAGCCCUCUCUGGAAUCUAAAACGAAAAACAUGAGUUGCGUGCCAUGGAAAGGAGACAAGGCCAAAUCCGAAUCAUUGGAGCUGCCUCAGGCAGCACCCCCACAAAUCUACCAUGAGAAACAGCGCAGGGAGCUUUGUGCCCUUCAUGCCCUCAACAACGUCUUCCAGGACAGCAACGCCUUCACCCGGGAAACACUGCAAGAAAUUUUCCAGAGGUUGUCUCCAAACACGAUGGUGACACCCCACAAGAAGAGCAUGCUGGGAAAUGGGAACUACGAUGUGAAUGUCAUCAUGGCGGCACUUCAGACCAAAGGCUAUGAGGCCGUUUGGUGGGACAAGCGCAGGGAUGUCAGUGUCAUUGCUCUCACUAACGUCAUGGGCUUCAUCAUGAAUCUGCCCUCCAGCCUGUGCUGGGGUCCAUUGAAGUUGCCUCUGAAAAGGCAGCACUGGAUCUGCGUGCGAGAGGUGGGAGGUGCCUACUACAACCUCGACUCCAAACUCAAGAUGCCUGAGUGGAUCGGAGGCGAGAGUGAGCUCAGGAAAUUUCUAAAACAUCAUUUGCGAGGAAAGAACUGUGAACUCCUGCUGGUGGUACCAGAAGAGGUGGAGGCCCGUCAGAGCUGGAGGGCUGACGUGUAAUGCAGUUCUACCCAACCUGCCCCUCACCUCAGCCCCUUAAGCCUCCGUGAUGUGCUGUGGCCUACACAGCCUGCCUGCCCUUGCCACUUCCCCAAACAUCUCGUCGGGAUUUCCCCCCCAGAUUUGACAGUGCAAUAGGACAGAAGUGUGGACUGUUAGAAGAACCACCACCAGCGUUACUUGUUCCUGGGAAAGGAAGGUAGGAGCUUUGUGUGCUUAGGGCAAGCCAUUGAAGACCCUUGGUUUCAAGACAGAGAAAGAAAGGUGGGUCCUAGUUUAUUUUCCCCUUUCCUGUGAGGACUUGACACAGGUUCUGCUGGAGUUAAUCAUGGCUGCUCCAGACCCACCUGGAGAUGCUGCCUCCACUUUCCCUUUCCUGCCAAACCAACGGGUCUGAAGACAUAGUACAUCCAUAGCCCAUGUGACCGGCUCAAAGGACCUAGAGCAUUGGGGUGUCUCAGGAAGCCAUCUCUAAAACCCUAGCCGUGGUACAGCAUGCUGUCUCCAACCCUUAAUGCCACCCCCUUUUUAUCCCUUAACGGGACCCCCAUGUUUAAGGGUCAUUUAUGGCCAUCUUUGGAGUUCUAUAAAAAAGUUCUCCAAUAUUCUAAGCCGGGUGGUUGAAUCCUGCAAUAUUCUAGCUUGACAGAGGUGAGAUAGAUACCUAAGAGGACAUGGCUAAAGCCAAACUGGGGCAGGCAUGCACGGGACAGCUUGUUUUCAAUGGCUCUCAGUCCGGUUUUGUUCCUGCCAUUUCACUACAUUGAUUUAGAGGGCCCUAGGGCAGAAGAGUUGGAAUCAACUCGACAGCAGCAGGUUUGGUUUCAGGUUUUUUGGGGGAGAAGACAAGGCAAAAGAGCACUUUUUCCCGUUGACCCACUUUGGGAAAAUCAGAAAAACGUAUGUCUACCUUUGAGACCAAAUUCCACUCCGUUGGGACAGUAGGGUGAGGGAAGUAUUGUGAAGAUAAGCCCCUUAGAGUUUAAGAGCAGAUAAAAUUGGUAGAAGUCCUAGGCUGAGGAGGUCAGGCUCACUUUAGUGACAAGAAGCAGAGUCCUCAAGUUGGAUGGUUAUGUGCAUUGUUACAGGACCUGGGUUUGUCAUCUUUCUGGAGGUUCCUUUGCAAAUCAGAGAAUUGACCUGCCCCCUACCUCUUUAAAUGUUGUAGGCCGCCGUUCCUGUAACUUUGGAAAACAAAAGAGAUGGGGAAAUAGGUAUGGCACCACUGUGUCGCCAGCGGUGUGGCUGCAUCAGGCAGAUAGGCAGGCAGGCGGACCUGUCCAGUCCUCACAAAUCAAUGGUCUUGCCAGGUCUGGGAGCUGUCCCACUGGCCAGACUUCUUGUCAGCAGCAGAGCCAGCCCGGGGCUUGCACGUCGAACCUGAGCAAGAUUAGUGGGACAAAGCUGAGGCUUUCUCCCCACUGUGACUGGAGUGCAUGUUUACACCAGCACUUUUUCUGCACAUGUUAUCUUCAAUCCAACGAGGCCGUUUUUUAUGCUGAGUAACAGAAGCCACCAAGCGGCUACUGCAUUACGUCCUCCCAGCAACUGGCCGCAGUCUCUUCUGUACCAUUUUCUAUACCAGACCUGCUUGGCACCACAGGGAGCUCUCUACCCCCGCACAAUGACAUUCCAACCAGCACCGGCCAGAAGUUACAGCCAACCUUGCUGAUUGUCACAAGCAGGACCUUCGGUCCAUCGGCACUGUAUGUGAUAGCAAGCCAUUUCUGGGUCCACUGGCACUGUAUGUGAUAGCAAGCCGUUUCUGGGUCCAUUGGCACUGUUCGUGAUAGCCAUUUCCUGGAAAGAGGAAGAAUUUCCUCCCCACAAAUCUGCUUGGGCCUGUGUAAACGGCACCUCAAUGGAGUUCCACGCACUUGGAGUCCACGAGUCAGUGGGCUACGCAAAGACACUUAAAUGUUUCAGGGCUGGUUUCUCUGUUCAUAUCCAAUUCUGGUGCUUAGGAACAGGGACCCAUGCUGAUGCCCAUGGGCAAAAAGCCCCACUUCCUUUAAGGAAGGGAGCAGGCCUGACCCUGAUGCCCAAGAAGGGGCCACCCUAGGCUUUUUGUUUUUCUUGCUUUUAUUCCCGUUUUUGUUGUUGUUGGCCUUGUGCUGGGUUUGUUUACAAAAGAUGUAUUUUGUUUAACCAAAUAUUAAAAAUGGAAAAUUCCAUACAUAAAUCUCCUUCCUUGUCUGCCUGAAUUAUGUAAAGAAAAAAAUAAAUGUUAGCAUGAUACUGCUUUAAAAAGAAUUCACUACCAUAAUAAGUCGUCUUUUGUAGGCUUAUUGGACUUUAAUCAGACUUUUCACCUGAAAAAUCCAGAGACAAAAUACUUACUUUGACUCUAAAGAAGCCUCUGGGGCAUUUUUCAGUUUGCUUUUAUUUACAAAAAUGAAACCUGACAUUUGAAGACCCCAUCUACAAGUUGACUGUACCAGCUUUGGCUGGUGACUAGUUGUUUUUCCUUAGUUAACAAGUGCAUCUGAAUGGAGGGCCUAGAUUAUCCCAGAACCCAGGUAUACAGCAGGGCCCUGUGACUGUACCACCUGGAUUUCAAUCCACAUCCAGCACUUACUGUGUGGCCUUAUGCAAAGUACUUAACCUUUCUGUGGCUGUUUUGUCAUCUCUGAGAUAGGACUACUGCUAAAUUGUAUUGCCCGGAUAUAUCACCUACAUAAAAGGCUUAGCACUACUCCUGUAUGUGCUCAGUGAAUGUUACGUUAAAUAGACCGUAAAAUUCAAAGAUAAAGGCUACAAUUGGAUUUAUCAGUGGCUCACCUCAGCAGUUAUUUUAAUAAACUAGGUCACAACAAAGUUCUACUGGCAGGUCCCCCAGACUAGAAAUCAGCACUGUCCAUCAUUCUUUAUAAGUACAUUAUAAUUGUGCCAUGUCAUUGUAGACUACACAAGCACAUGGACUCACUCAACUCUCUGUUUUAGGCUAGUGGGUCUAAAAGUGAUCGCCUGAAUUCAGGGCAAAAAUUAUUAGAGGAAGUUCUUGGCUAACAAUUUUCUUCAGAGAUUUUACUUUUAGGAACUUAACUAACAUGGGCCUCAAGGGCCAAUGAUGUUAAGAUGGUGGUGCUGGCUUUGGUGAGAAGAAGUGCAAGAGGCAGUGCAGGUCUUUGCCCUCCAAAGAUGCUUUGUGAGCUAAAGUGGCAGGAGCUGGUUGGUCUAAGUAACACUGAGGCAUGUACCACAAGCAUAUGGAUAACACUUUCAGUUGGAAUCGUUUUUAAUAUUUAAAUACAAAAAGUGAGCACUGACUUUUUUUUUUAUACACACACACAGUUUGAACAGCCAAAAUGUGCAGGGGAAACCAGCUCCUGCUGUCCCUGUCUCCAUCCUGUGGUCCAGGCUGCUGCUGGCCCUCCCUCCACCCCAGCACACAGAAAGAUGCCCAGUGGCUGAUUUGGCUACACCUAUAAUGCAUUUUGUCUGUUCAUACUGUGUGCAUGUCCUUCCCCAACAUCUCCAUUCUGGGGAAAAAAAAAAAAAAAAAAGAACAGUCACCAGUGGUCAGGAGUACACUCCUCCCACUGGCAUCAGUUUCUACCGCACAAUGGGAGAGUGGGGGGCUCUUCCAGAACAACUAGGAGCAAUUUAGUGAGGGGUGGGGUGGCGAGUAACCGUCUGCACCGCUGCACUCUGGUGUCAGAGUGAAGGCAGAAGAAGUAAGUCAGGACAGAGUGAGGGCACAGUCAGGACAGAGUGAGGGCACAGCUGCAGAUUGGGAGUCCGUGAGACAGUAUUGGAAGCAUUCUUCCCAUCAAGUUUAAAUAGAUCAAUGUGCCAAAGUUAAAAAAAAAAAAAAAAAUCCAAAUAA